AUGUCCUUGCAGGUGGUCUCCUUGGUGCAGCUCUUGUCAGACCCUUACUACCGGACGCUGGAGGGCUUCCGCCUGCUGGUGGAGAAGGAGUGGUUGUCCUUUGGGCACCGCUUCAGCCACCGUGGGGCCCAGACCUUGGCUGGCCAGAGCAGUGGCUUUGCUCCCAUCUUCCUGCAGUUCCUGGACUGCGUGCACCAGAUCCACCUGCAGUUCCCCAUGGAGUUUGAGUUCAGUCUGUACUACCUGAAGUUCCUCAGCUACCACUACAUCUCCAAUCGGUUCCGGACUUUCCUGCUGGAUUCUGACUACGAACGCAUCGAGCUGGGCCUCCUGUAUGAGGAGAAGGGUGAACGCAAAUGCCAGCAGGUCUACAAGUCCAUCUGGGAUUACAUCGACCGGCUGAACAAGAAAGCUCCUGUCUUCUUCAACUACAUGUAUGCCCCCGAGGAUGGGGAGGUGCUGCGGCCGUACAGCAACAUU